AUGGAAGAUUUGAAUGAUUGGGAAGCUCAGGGAGCUCAGGAAGAGCCUGCUGAAGAUGGGAUGAAUUUGGGAUUUACGGUAAGUCUUGAACUUCGCAACUGCAAAAAUUAUGAAUUUUUGUGCUGAAAAUGAAGAAUUCCAUGAUUUUCAGCGCAAAAUUCUGAUCUAGAAAGAAAUUUCCAGGAAUUUUUCACUGUUUCAAAAAUUCAGUAUAUUUUUUGGGGUCUUGAAAAAAUUCGAUAGGGGUACAGCAUGAUUGUUGACUUAAAUUUUGUGCUGGAAAUAGUGGAAGUGCUGAAAUCCGCUGAAAAUGAAGAAUUCCAUGAUUUUCAGCACAAAAUUCUGAUCUAAAAUAAAAUUUCCUGGAUUUUUCACUUUUUCAAAAAUUUGCUAUAUUUUUUGGGGCCUAAAAAACUUGAUUCUGUGGGAAAUUGUUCCAUAGACUUAAAAUUUGUGCUGAAAAAAGUGGAAGUGCUGAAAAUUUCUGAAAAUGAAGAAUUCCGUGAUUUUCAGCGCAAAAUUCAGGUCUAGAACAAACCAUUUCGAAUUUUUUUUUCAGAAAAAGUAAAAAAAAUUCAAUGAAUUUUUGAAACAGUGAAAAAUUUCUGUAAAUUUAUUUCUAGAUCAGAAUUUUGAGCUGGAAAUCAUGGAAUUCUUCAUUUUCAGCGAAUUUCAGCGAUUCCAUGAUUUUCAGCGCAAAAUUCUGAUCUAAAAUAAAAUUUCCUCGAUUUUUCACUGUUUCAAAAAUUCAGUAUAUUUUUUGGGAUCAAGACAAAUACGAUUUAUUCAGAUUCCUCAUCGAAAUCUAAAUUUUGCACUGAAAAUGAAGAAUUCCAUGUUUUCCAGCACAACAUUCUGAUCUAGAAUUGUUUACCUGAAUUUUUUAAGUUUCAAAAAUUCAUUUAAUUUUUUGGGAAUCAAAAAAAAAUUCGAUAGGGGUACAUUGUUGACUUAAAUUUUGGGCUGAAAACAGUGGAAGUGCUGAAAAUCUCUGAAAAUGAAGAAUUCCAUGAUUUUCAGCACGAAAUUCUGAUCUAGAAAAAAAUUUCCUGGAAUUUUUCACUGUUUCAAAAAUGUAUUAAUUUUUCUGGUACCUUAAAAACUUGAUUCUGUAGGAAAUUGUUACGUAGACUUAAAAUUAGUGCUGAAAAUUGUGAAAAUACUAAAAAUCUCUGAAAAUCCAGGAUUCCAUGAUUUUCAGCGCAAAAUUCUGAUCUGGAAAAUUCCUGAAUUUUUCACUGUUUCAAAAAAUCAGUAUAUUUUUUGAGAUCUGAAAAAUUUCGAUUGAUCGUGUAUGAUCGUGUAUAUCCACAUUAAAUUUUGAGCUGAAAAUCACAAUUUGCUUGAAAUUUCUGAAAAUGAAGAAUUCCAUGAUUUUCAGCACAAAAUUCUGAUCUAGAAAAAAAUUUCCUGGAAUUUUUUCACUGUUUCAAAAAUUCAGUUCAUUUUUUGGGAGAUAGGGGUACAACAUGAUUAUUGACUUAAAUUUUGUGCUGAAAAUAGUGCAAGUGCUGAAAAUCCCUGAAAAUGAAGAAUUACAUGAUUUUCAGAACAAAAUUUAAGUCUAGAUGAAAUUUGCUUCAAAUAUCAAUUUUGUUCAGAAACAGUAAAAAAUUCAUAAAUUUUUGAAACGUUAAAAAUUCAGGAAAUUUCUAGAUAAGAAUUUUGUGCUGAAAAUCAUGGAAUUCUUCAUUUUCAGCGAAUUCCAGCGAUUCCAUGCUUUUCAGCACAAAAUUCUGAUCUAAAAAAAUUUCCUGGAAUUUUUCACUGUUUCAAAAAUUCAUUUAAUUUUUUGGGAAUCAAAAAAAAUUCGAUAGUACAACAUGAUUGUAGACUUAAAUUUUGGGCUGAAAAUGGUGGAAGUGCUGAAAUUUGCUGAAAAUGAAGAAUUCCUCGAUUUUCAGCUUAAAAUUUAAGUCUAGAUGAAAUUUGCUUCAAAUAUUAUGGGGUGAUUCAGGUCGAAAAAAAAACUAAAAAAAAACAUUUUUUUACAAAAAAAUUCGAUUCAGCAAAUGUCAAAAAACUAUAUUUUUUUCCACACAAAAAUGAGAGAUAUCUCGCAGCGAAAAUGUUUCAAUGAAAAAAAAUGUCAAAAAAUGUCGAGAAAUAGAAAAAAAAUAUAGUUUUUUGACAUUUGCUGAAUCGAAUUUUUUUGUAAAAAAAUGUUUUUUUUUAGUUUUUUUUCGACCUGAAUCACCCCAUAAAUUUUGUUCAGAAACAGUAAAAAAUUCAUAAAUUUUUGAAACGUAAAAAAAUCAGGAAAUUUCUGAAUCAGAAUUUUGUGCUGAAAAUCAUGGAAUUCUUGAUUUUCAGCGAAUUACAGCGAUUCCAUAAUUUCAGCUAAAAAUUCUGCUCUAGAAUUGUUUACCUGAAUUUUUUACGUUUCAAAAAUUCAUUUAAUUUUUUGGGAAUCAAAAAAAAAAUUCGAUAGGGGUACAUUGUUGACUUAAAUUUUGGGUUGAAAAUAGGGGAAGUGCUGAAAAUCUCUGGAAAUUAAGAAUUCCAGGAUUUUCAGCUCAAUAUUUUGAUAUAGAAAAAAAUUUCCUGGAAUUUUUCACUGUUUCAAAAAUGUAUUGAUUCUGUGAUGAAUUUUCAAAACACCGAAAAAUUCUAGGAAACAUUUCCAGAUCAGAAUUUUGAGCUGGAAAUCAUGGAAUUCUUUAUUUUCGGAAAUUUUCAGCAAUUUCAUAAUUUCAGCACAAAAUGCAGGUCUAGAACAAACCAAAUCGAGUUUUUAUAGAUCCAAAAAAAUUAAUGAAUUUUUGAAACAGUGAAAAAUUCUAGUAAACAUUUCUUGAUCCGAAUUUUAAGCUGAAAAUCAUAGAAUUUUUCGUUUUCAGCGAAUUUUAGCGAUUCCAUGAUUUUCAGCACAAAAUUCUGAUCUAGAAAAAAAUUUUCUGGAAUUUUUCACUGUUUCAAAAAUUCAGUAUAUUUUUUGGGGCCUUAAAACACUUGAUUCUGUAAUGGGUUAUUGAAAUAGUAAAAAAAAUUCUAGAUCAAAAUUUUGAGCCGAAAAUCAUAGAAUUCUUCAUUUUCAGCGAAUUUCAGCGAUUCCAUGCUUUUCAGCGCAAAAUUUGAGUCUAGACAAAAAUCCUCGAUGUUUUCGAGCCAAAUUCAAUGAAAAAUGACCCAGAAUUGCUCAGAUUAGUUAAUUGCAGAAAACCCUGCAAAGGCUAAUUUGGGCUCAAAAAAUCCAGAAUUUUUGAGACUACGCUUAUUUAGGCUCAAAAAAAUCCCCAAAAUUGGUGCUAGGCAAAAAAACAAAUAAUCUAUCAUUCCAGAAAGAAUUAAUCGAUGAAAUCCGCUCGAAAAAAGAAUCCAACCCUGGAAUGUUUGUGUCCGCCUGGCAAGAAGACGAAGAAGGAAUUGACGCGAAAAACCUCGAAAACCCCAUCGAAAAAUGGCUGACUGCUGCAGAAGAUGGAGAUUUAGAGGAAGUCAGAAGGAUCUACCAGGAAGAUCGAGAGAUUUUGAAUUCCCAGGAUGCUGAUGGUUAUACUGCUCUUCAUAGAGCAUCUUAUAAUAAUAACCUGCAAGUUGUUGAAUAUUUAUUAUCAGUUGGAGCUGAUGUUGAAGCUCGAACUAAAGAUCAAUGGACACCGCUGUUAUCAGCAGCAAAUUGGGGGAAUUAUGAGGUUAUUGGCAAAUUAUUGAGCCAUGGUGUGGAUGUUAACGCAACUUCGAAUGGGCACUUGACGGCAUUACAUUUGGCGGUGCAGAGCCAGAAUGAGAACCCGGAAAAUGUAUUUCACAGUGUUCGAUAUUUAUUGCAGGCUCCUGGGAUUGAUGCGGGAGUUGUGAAUGGAAGUGGGGACACGCCGUUGAAAAUGGCAUAUCGAUCCAAUGAGCAGAUUUAUUAUUUGAUUAAGGAGUUUUUGGAGAAACCCUAA